AUGGACACGGAACGCGCUCUGCCCGAGAAGAGGAAUCCUCUUGUCGAGGAGAAACACACUCCCCAGAUUGAGAUUCUUGUUGAAAGACGCCGAUUGGGACAGACCGAGCUCACAGUGAAGGCUGGUCAGAUUGGCACUUCGAAUGCGACAAAGCCCUCCAACCUGGGCAUGUUUGACUAUGCUCACUUGCGCGUACCUCUUCCCAAGGAUCUGCAAGGAAGCGGAAUCUUCGCCCCGUCGCGUCGCAACCAGUCUUACCCGGAAGCUUACUUUUUGAUGAGACGCUCCAGCGAUGGUUACAUCAGCGCGACUGGCAUGUACAAGGCCGCUUUCCCUUGGUCAUCACUCGAGGAGGAGGAAAUUGAGAAAAAGUACAUCAAGUCACUCCCCGAGACCGACAGCGAGGAGAUUGCUGGCAACGUCUGGAUUCCCGCAGAGGCUGCCUUGACUCUCGCCGAAGCAUACGGUAUGCGUUCCUGGAUCGAGGCCCUGCUCGACCCUGAGCCUAUCGCAAAGGGAACCCACGACCCCAACAAGAACAUCGCUACACCUCCCCGUUUCCUCAUGCCUACCUCGGAAGCUACCACCCUCCUCCCUCCAACAGAGACUACCACUCGCCGCCGCACUCUCCGAUCCUCUUCUCCUGCAAAGGCUCCUCCCACUCCCAGCCGCAAGAUCGCUACUCCUAGAAGGACUAGGCGCGCAAAGGCUCCAGCAUCGAGUGCACUCGCCCCUACCGCUGAAAGCGCCGAGGAA